UCUUCUUCUUCUUCUUCUUGAACAUCGAGGUCGUCGGUGCGCUGCCGCCAAUAGCUCGAGCUCCGUCCGUCUGACCGAUAACUUCAUCUCUAACAAUGGCGACUGUGAUGCAGAAAAUCAAGGACAUCGAAGAUGAGAUGGCUAGGACUCAAAAGAACAAGGCUACUGCCCAUCAUUUGGGUUUGCUUAAGGCUAAACUUGCAAAGCUACGGAGGGAACUCCUUGAACCUUCUUCUAAGGGAGGCGGGGGUGCUGGUGAAGGUUUCGAUGUCACCAAAAGCGGAGAUGCUAGAGUUGGUUUGGUGGGUUUCCCCUCAGUUGGGAAGUCUACUCUGUUGAAUAAGCUGACUGGGACGUUUUCAGAGGUUGCUUCAUAUGAAUUUACAACUCUGACUUGUAUCCCUGGAGUGAUCACGUACCGUGGAGCUAAAAUUCAGUUACUAGAUCUUCCUGGAAUUAUUGAGGGUGCCAAGGAUGGAAAGGGUAGAGGCAGACAGGUUAUCAGCACUGCCAGAACAUGCAACUGCAUUUUGAUUGUUCUUGAUGCGAUAAAGCCAAUUACUCACAAGCGUCUGAUAGAGAAAGAGCUUGAGGGAUUUGGAAUCAGGCUGAACAAGGAGCCACCUAAUCUAACGUUCAGGAAGAAAGAUAAAGGUGGCAUUAAUUUCACAUCAACAGUGGCAAACACUCAUCUGGAUCUUGAAACUGUGAAGGCCAUCUGCAGUGAAUAUCGGAUACAUAAUGCUGAUAUCACUCUUAGAUGUGAUGCGACUGCAGAUGACCUUAUAGAUGUUAUUGAGGGCAGUAGGAAAUAUAUUCCAUGCAUCUAUGUCAUAAACAAGAUUGAUCAAAUCACACUAGAAGAGCUAGAAAUUUUGGACAAACUUCCUCAUUACUGUCCGGUCAGUGCUCACCUUGAAUGGAAUCUUGAUGGUCUGUUGGAGAAAAUAUGGGAGUAUUUGGAUUUAACUCGUAUAUAUACAAAGCCAAAAGGAAUGAAUCCAGACUAUGAAGACCCCGUGAUUCUAUCAUCAAGGAAGAGGACAAUUGAGGAUUUCUGCACCCGGAUACACAAGGAUAUGGUCAAACAGUUCAAGUACGCUCUAGUCUGGGGUUCAAGUGUCAAACACAAGCCUCAGAGAGUUGGCAAGGAGCAUGAACUUGAAGAUGAAGACGUCGUUCAGAUCAUCAAGAAGGUGUAACUUUCACGGUAGGGGAAUCUUUGGGAACCCUUGACAGAUGAUUCGGUGCGGAGUAGCAGCUGGUGCUGAUCUGAUGUCUGUCGCGAACCAGUUAUGUUGGACCAGGAAAUAGUGGGAUGCAUGCAAUUUUGAGUAGUUGAUUAGUUCAACUGGAGUUAGCUUUAAACUUACGUUACGUCCUCUCUCUAUCUAUUAGCUUAAGUUUGUAAAUUGUCUUGGCGAGGCUGUUCGUUCAGUGGUCAUCAAUGUGAUGGAGGCUUUGCCAUUGCCAUUUUUUUAUGAUACAAGAUGAUGAUAAUUCCCUGUCUGA